AUGCAUACUAACAAAGGUAAUCCAUCUAAUUCAACAGUGAAUCAACUUGAAAAACAAAUCAAAUCCAAUUCAAUAUUAUACGAUUUACUUGAACCACCAAUUAUACCUCCACCACCUCGUGUUAAACAAACAUAUUCUCAAGAAGAUAUUUCAAUGCCAUCAAGUAUUCAUUGUUUAACAUCAAACCAUUCUGUGGUGAAUUCAAUUCAACGGCCUCGAAAACGACCAACUCAUCGAAAACUAGGCAGCUGGGGAGGAUUCGGACUGUUAUUCUGUGAUAAUGAUACAACACCGACUAUUGAUAAAAAUGAAAAUAAACAAAAUUUAUCUACUUCAACUACUACUACUAAUACUGGUAGCAGUAGUCAUCUUUUAUCUCGGUCACCACGUUUUAAUAGGAAUAUGAAAGUAUCUGUUAAUAAUGUUGAAUCUCCGAAAAAUUCCUUAUCCAAUCAGAACCAUGGAUUCAUCAACAAAUCUUCACCUACAAUACUCAAAAAAUAUAUGAAUACUAAUAAUAAUGAUAAUAAUAUUAAUACCAAUAUCAAAACUUCUAAACAACGCAAUGGUGAUAUCAAUUUAAUGUUUGAUCAUUCAUCGUCUAAUUCGUCGACAUCUUCACCUCACCUUCUUGUAUUCACUGAUUGUUUAAACAAUCCAGAUAAUAAUAAUAAUAAACAAUCAAUAAAAAAAGAAAAAUGA